UCGGCCCAUACGUGGCAAGAUGGCGCCGUUCAGAGACCGGGCCGCCGCCGCCACCGGCGCCACCACUUCCACAACGGUUUCUCGGCUCCUGCUGCUCCUGGCUGUAUUGUCCACGUGCCUCAUGGCAGCAAAAGUGUCUCCACUAAUUGAAAAAGUCGAGGAUCACAAAGAAUUCAAGAAACUGGUGCGAACAAGGAAUAACGUACUGGUUGUUUACUCCAAAUCAGCUGCUGCAGCUGAACGCUCCCUCAAGCUCUUGUCUGAUGUGGCAGAAGCCGUAAAAGGGCAGGGCACCAUCGCCUGGGUAAAUUGUGGGGAUGGCGAGAGCAGGAAGUUAUGCAAGAAGAUCAAGGUGGACCCUCACUCCAAGAGAAACGGGGUUGAAUUACUGCAUUACAAGGAUGGUGCCUUCCACACUGAAUAUAACAGACCCGAAACACACAAGUCAGUGGUGGCGUUUAUGAGGGACCCAGAAGGUGCUCCAUUGUGGGAAGAGAAUCCUGAGGCCAGGGACGUGGCUCACAUCGACAGUGAGAAGGAGUUCAGAAAACUGCUGAAGAAGGAAGAGAGGACUAUUCUCGUGAUGUUCUAUGCACCAUGGUGUGGGGUGUGUAAGCGGAUGAAGCCAGCCUUUCAACAGGCUGCCACAGAUUUAAAGGGUUCAUAUGUACUGGCUGGAAUGAACGUUCAUCCAGCCGAGUUUGAUGGAAUUAAACAGGAAUUUAAUGUGAAAGGAUACCCAACCUUCUGCUACUUUGACAAAGGAAAGUUUCUAUUUAAUUUUGAAAACUACGGCGCGACAGCCCAAGAUUUUGUUGAGUGGAUGAAAAAUCCUCAAGCCCCACAGCCAAAGGCCCUGGAGGCUCCCUGGGCGGAACAAGACUCCGCAGUCUUCCACCUGACCGACGACAGCUUUGACUCGUUUGUAACCGAGCACCCGUCAGUCCUGGCCAUGUUUUACGCACCGUGGUGCGGUCACUGUAAGAAGAUGAAGCCAGACUAUGAAGAAGCUGCCGAGUUGCUGAACACAGACGACAAUAGCCCAGGAGUUUUGGCUGCAGUUGACGUCACAACUCACAAGAACUUGGGAGAGAAAUAUCAGAUCACUGGAUUCCCCACACUAAAGUACUUUGAGAACGCAGAAGAGAAAUACACGCUCCCACACCUGCGGACCAAGGACAAGAUCAUCGAGUGGCUCCACAACCCGCAAGCCCCUCCUCCCCCCGAGCAGUCCUGGGAAGAGCAGCAGAGCAGUGUCAACCAUCUUGGGGUCGAAGACUUUAAGGAAUUCCUCAAGAAAAAGAAACACGCCCUGGUCAUGUUCUACGCACCAUGGUGCCCUCACUGUAAAAACGCCGUCCCUUACUUCACGGCUGCCGCUGAACAUUUCAAAGAAGAACGAAAGAUCGCUUACGCUGCAGUGGACUGCACCAGAGGACAGAACAACGAACUGUGUAAAGUGGAGGGUGUAGAGGGCUACCCCACCAUCAGCUAUUACAACUAUGGCAAGUUUACAGAGAAGUACAGUGGAGAAAGAGGGGGAGACGGUUUCAUUGAGUACAUGGAAGGGUUGAGAGGAAGAGGCCACGAUAAGAUUGGGAAGCGAGGGGAGGAGUUGUGAUCGGGCCUGGCUCCAUCCUGCCACUACACGACACUGUGAAAGACCCUCAUUUUCAACCCUGACCGUACUAAACCGCCUGCCACACUUUCCCAAGGGCCAGAGUGUUUUUAAUGAAGAACGACCAGUUUAUAAUGUUUUUUCUACCAAAAUGGACCACUUGUAGGGAUUUUAUAUCAAAAGACUACGUGCUGUCAUGAAGUGGGGAGGGAGGGGUGGGUGGGUGUGGGGAGGGGUUGAAAAAGAAUUUGAUGCCAUCUUCUCUACGGUUUUGUUCAAGUGCUAAGCGCAUGUUCCGCUGGUACAAAACCCUAGGCGUCUCCUAGUGCCAAUGUUCUUGGUUACUCCGUCCGCAUCCCUUCCUGCCGAUUGCAAUCCUUUUCACGCAGACUUGUUUGGUUCGGCACAAGAGUGCAGUGUAAAACUUCCGCUUCUCUGCAAAGCCUUAAAACAGAGCUCACGGGCCCUCAACGGUGAGCAAGAGGGGGUUUGUCUGACUCAAUAAUAAUUUGGUCACUCAAACCACGGCUGUUUGGGACACUGCUGUG